AUGUUUGAAAAGGAUAUAUACCAGCUCAUCAGAGGCCUGCGGGCCCACAAGGGCAACGAGCGCGAGUACAUCCAAGACAGCCUGCGAGAAUGCCGCAAGGAGAUCAAGAGCCAGGACAUGGACCAGAAAGCCACGGCCCUGCUGAAGCUGGUCUACCUCGAGAUGUUCGGGCACGACAUGUCGUGGGCGUCGUUCAACGUCCUCGAGGUCAUGUCCUCGGCCAAGUACCUGCAGAAACGCGUGGGCUAUCUCGCGGCGGUGCAGACGUUCCGCCCAGAUACGGAGGUGUUGAUGCUGGCGGAGAAUCUUCUGAAGAAGGAUCUGAACUCGCCGGAUAAGGUGACGAUUCAGUUGCCGCUGGGUGCGAUCCCGCAUGUGAUUAAUCCUUCCAUGGCGAAUUCUUUGCUCACGGAUUUGCUGCCGAGACUCUCGCAUUCGCUGCCUUCGAUCCGGAAGAAGACGAUUGUCACGCUGUAUCGCCUGGCGCUGGUGUAUCCCGAGACGCUGCGGCCGGCGUGGCCGAAGAUCAAGGAGAGGCUUUUGGAUGAGAACGAGGAUCCGAGCGUCACGGCGGCGAUUGUGAAUGUAGUGUGUGAGUUGGGAUGGCGAAGACCGCAUGAUUUCCUCCCCCUGGCGCCGAGAUUGUUUGAGCUUUUGACGGCGGGUGGGAAUAAUUGGAUGGCGAUCAAGAUUAUCAAGUUGUUUUCGGUGCUGAUACCGGUGGAGCCGCGGUUGGUGAAGAAGUUGCUUCCGCCUUUGACGUCGAUUAUCAAGACUACGCCGGCUAUGAGUUUGCUCUAUGAGUGUGUUAAUGGCAUCAUUCAGGGCGGGAUUUUGGAGGCAGCGAAUGGUACGAUUGAGGGGGAUGAGAUCGCGAGGUUGUGUGUCAACAAGCUCAGGGCUAUGUUGGUCGUGGAGGGGGAUCCAAACUUGCGCUAUGUGGCAUUGCUGGCGUUCGGCAAGAUUGGGGGCUCACAUGCUGAACUGGUCUCUCAGCAUCAGGACGUCGUUCUGGAGUGUAUCGACGAUCCGGACAUCUCGAUCCGGACUCGGGCACUGGAUCUGGUCGUUGGGAUGGUCAACGCGAACAAUCUUCAGAGCGUGGUAGAGCGGCUACUGAAGCAACUGCGAACCGCUGGCAAGGCAUCUGCUGCAGAAGUACCUGAGAACGAUCGGGCGAUGCACGAGGGAGUGAUACCCAUGGCCGACGACGAGGACGACGAGGACGACCCUUCGAAUGUCUUGAGCAGGGAUACUGGAUCAGGACAAGAGCCACCUCUUCCAGAUGACUAUCGAGCGUCUGUUAUUGAACGCAUCUUGGAGAUGUGUUCGAGGGACACUUAUGCCAACAUGAACGACUUCGAGUGGUACAUUGGCGUGUUGCUUGAGCUUGUGAAGCAAUGCCCGUCGUCCUCCACUGGCAAGUUUGGAGCGAGCCAGACUGGCAUUGCGGAUACAAUUGGCUCAGAGUUGCUAAACGUUGCCGUCAGGGUGAAGGCUGUUCGACCAGAAGCUGCCGCUGCCGCACAGUCUCUCCUACUGAUCGAGCAGCGGGAAAAGCUCUUCCCAGCGGGCUCCAAUGCCGGACAAGGAGUGCUAUCACCUGCGGCUUUCGUUGCAGGCGAAUAUGCGAGCAUGUUGCCUAACGCUGAAGCGGUCCUGACCUCCCUUUUGCACACGUCAAGUUCUCAGCUACCGGCAGAAGUCCUGAAAAGCUAUCUGCAGGCCAUCCCCAAGAUCUUCGCAGCCUUGACGGGAAACCAACAAGUCUCCUGGAGCACCACACGAAGAUCGACGACGACGUUGUGGGUCACUCGCAUUGUGCAUUUCUUGGAGCCACUCACAUUACAUCCCAAUCUUGAAGUGCAAGAGCGGGCGGUCGAGUAUCUGGACCUCAUGAGGUUGGCGUCUGAAGCAGCGGGCAAUCAGGAUACCGAAGGUGAUGGUUAUGCUGAGCCGCCUCUACUCCUAACUCAGGCAAUUCCAGCUCUCUUCGCUGGCAUGGAGCUGAACCCAGUCGCUACAACGGCGAUACGCAAGGUGCCGCAACCAGAGGAGUUGGACCUUGAUACGCCCAUCAACAGCGAUCUGCAGAUGUUGCUCAAUCAAGCGGAGUACGAUACAGAAUACGAUGACGGCGACGACGAAGUGUCCAAAUUCUAUCACCAAAAACCUUCGGUGGCUGCCAUCGAUUAUCAAAGGCCUGCUGCAGAGUUGUUGGAGACGCCUGGAUCGUCACGAGCAGCUUCGUAUCAGGAGACUGAUGACGAGCCGGUCGAUAGAGACGCCCUUCUCCGAAAGAAAGCUGAGCGAAGAGAACGGUACAAGGACGAUCCAUAUUACAUUGACUCUGAACGCAACUCUGGGACUUCGACGCCUAUGCAUCAAAUUUUACGGAAUGCCAACGGUGAGGAGCUAGAUGUCGAUUCAAUACCUGUGAUAGAGUUGAACUUGGAUGCUCGAGACACAGCGCCGAUACCGCGACCAGCUUCGACACAACCCGUGCGGAAGGUCAAGAAGCACUUCGAAAUCGCCGCCGAGGAGACCCUCGGCGGAGACGACGAUCCAAAACUCUCAUCCAGCGCGCCCAAAGCGACUUUAUCCAAAGGCAAGAAACCCCUCCUCGAAGUCGACAGCAGCGGCUUGUCCUCUCUAUCCCUCACCGAACCCUCAGCCACCAACGGCGCCAGCAAACUCGACAUCGAGCGCCGCCAAGCCGAAGAAGAAGAAAUGGCCAAAGCGAUCAAGGAAGUCGAACGGUUACGGCUGGAAAUGCAGCGCGCGCAGGAACGGAUUCAGCCGAGGGAUAUGCCUGAGGAGGGCACGGUUGUGAAGCGGAGGACGAGGAAGAAGAAGUCGAAGGUGGAGUUUUUGGAUGAUGGUGCUGGGCAGGGUGGUGAGGGUGAUAGGGAUGGUGCAGGGAAUGGGGAGGUUGUGAAGAAGAAGAAAAAGAAGAAGCGGAGGGAGGGGGAGGGGGAGGGGGAGGAGGGUGUGUCUGCUGCUGCCGGUGAGGGAGAAGAGGGAGGGGGCUCAGAGGUGAAGAGCAAAGCCAAGAAGAAGAAGAAACGGCAGGUCGUUUUUGGGGAUGAUGAUGCUGCUGCUGCUGCUGCACAGUAG